AAUGGCAUUUAAAAAUUCAGUUUUUUUUGCGAUAGACAUCGAUCAGUAGUUGCGUCAUGUGAUCAUCUGCAUGCUUAUCUUUCUCUCUCUCUCUCUCCAACCAAUCGCCUUCUUCUGCAACGCCAAGCUCUCUAAUGGCUUCCAGCAUCCCUUUGAAACUCACUAGUGAGUUUCGCUAUAGCAACAGUGUGCAUUUCUGAGAAAACCAUCUUUGUACUGUUGUUUUUCUUUCCCCUUUCACCACUUAGGUGUAAUGCUUUUUGCACACUGGACUCCACUUUGGGACUCCUAACGGACAUAUAUUGGUCCACAGUCUGUCCGUUGUUGUUUGGCGGGUACAACAGUCUCUUUCAUGCAUCAUGAUUGUCUCUUGGGUGGCUCUCAAAAAACCCAUCUACUCGACUCCAUUCUGAUGCUUCCUAGCAAGGUUUCUGGAAGGUGGUCCUUCAGCUUCAAUUUGCAUGCACAUCAAUCAUUCUUUUUGGGGAUCAAAAGGAUCAGCAGAAUCUGAAACCCGUGUGCACAAAAGCAGAGGAGGAACUAGCCGGAGGCAUAUGAAGGGAUCAACUUCUCUGUUAGAAGUGCUACUUUUACUUGCAUCUAUCAAUGUGAUUGGAUGGGGAGUCGCAGGUAGAAGCUUUGAUUGUCGACCAACACCUGUUACCAAAUUUAGGCCACACAGAGUCACCAUAACUGAAUUUGGUGCUGUGGGAGAUGGGAUCACCCUUAAUACAAAGGCAUUUGAAAAUGCCAUGUUUUAUCUUAAUUCAUUUUCUGAUAAGGGGGGUGCUCAGCUUUUCAUUCCACCAGGGAGGUGGUUGACUGGAAGCUUCCAUCUCAUCAGCCAUCUCACAGUGGUACUGGACAAGGAAGCUGUAAUUCUUGGGUCAGAGGAUUCAAGUGAUUGGCCAGUCAUUGAUCCAUUGCCUUCAUAUGGUCGAGGUAGAGAGCUUCCUGGUGGAAGGCAUAGAAGUUUGAUAUAUGGAUUUAACCUUACAGAUGUCGUCAUAACAGGUGAUAAUGGAACGAUCAAUGGACAAGGCAGUGUUUGGUGGAGCUGGUUUCAGAACAAUACUCUUGAUUACACUCGUCCCCAUCUAAUUGAAUUGGUGCACACAGAUGGGGUGGUCAUCUCGAACCUAACUCUUCUGAAUUCACCAUUCUGGACCAUCCAUCCUGUAUACUGCAGCCAAGUCCAUAUUAAGCACGUCACUAUUACUGCUCCUCAUCACUCACCGAACACUGAUGGAAUCGACCCUGAUUCAUCUAGAGAUGUCUGCAUCGAGGAUUGUUACAUUAGUACUGGUGACGAUUUGAUAUCCAUCAAAAGUGGCUGGGACGAAUAUGGAAUUGCCUAUGCCCGCCCUAGUUCCAACAUAGUGAUAAGAAGAAUCAGUGGAGAGUCUGGAAGAAGCUCAGGCAUAUCACUAGGAAGUGAGAUGUCAGGUGGCAUAUCCGAAGUUUAUGUUGAGGAUGCACACAUUUUCAACUCUGUCAGAGGGAUAAGAAUAAAGACUUCCCCAGGCAGAGGUGGUUUCAUAGAGAACGUAUACAUCUCUAAAGUGGUUAUGUCGAAUGUAAAGACAGCUUUGAGUUUCACCAGUCAUUAUGGUGAGCAUCCGGAUGAGAAUUACGACCCAAAUGCUCUUCCAACUAUAAAGAAGAUCACAUUCAAUGAUAUAAGUGGAAAUAACAUCAUUUAUGCAGGCUUUAUGGAGGGCAUUGAAGGAAGCGUUUUCCUUGAUAUCUGUUUGUCCAACAUCACCCUCAAUGUUAUGUCACAUUCCCCCUGGAACUGUUCUUACAUCCUCGGGUACUCUGAAUUUGUUUCUCCCGAACUAUGUCAGCCUCUGAGUCAGAAAAUCCCCACAGAUUCUACUUGCUAUGUUCCAAAAGAUUUGUCGCCCCAAGUCUCGCACGCCAACCGUCUGAUCAGCACUAUUUUUGGGUUUGUGUGGGUUACCUAAUCUCAUUCUGGUGAAAAAUUGCCUGUUGUUACAGUUUCAUUCUUUAAUAUAUAUAAAAGAAUGAUUUGUUUGCAUUC